GUUGGAGUGGCCUGGCUCUAGACCUGUGCCCUAAUCAACUGAGCUGGUCCCAACUUCUGCGUGUGUCUUGCUCUGGAAAUGGCCCUGCUUCUCCUUUUCUGGGUCCUGGUGAUGAGCCCAGAGGCUGUGGGCAACCUGACAACUUUACAGCCGUCCAGCCCCGGAGGGUCCUCUGCUUCUUUGGUCCCACCUAACUCCGAGGCCCUGAACCUCAACUCAGUGAUCUCCAUCAGCUCAAUAGAAGAGGAUCCCAAGGUUGACGGCACUGGGGACCAGGUCUCAAGCCCACCUCCAACUCUAACUGCCAGUGAGGUGUCCACUCUUGGGAUUUUCACUGGUGCCAGCACUGACCUCCCUGUAUCUGAGCCAUCAGUCUACCAGGAAGUUUCCCCCAAGAAGUCAUUAAUGCUCUUGGAAACCUCUAAUGCAACCAGUGACCCUGCGGUUCCCACAGCAAUAUCCCACAAUGUGAACAGUGGAAUCAUGACAACUAGCUCUCUGGAGACCUCCAGUGGGGCCAGUGGACCUCCUGUUACCACGGCAACUAGCUCUCUGGAGACCUCCAGUGGGGCCAGUGGACCUCCUGUUACCACGGCAACUAGCUCUCUGGAGACCUCCAGUGGGGCCAGUGGACCCCCUGUCACCACGGCAACUAGCUCUCUGGAGACCACACAUGGGGCCAGUGGACCCCCUGUCACCACGGCAACUAGUUCUCUGGAGACCUCCAAUGGGGCCAGUGACUCCUCCAUCUCCAGUGUAAAAAUAUCCACAGUGAUUACUCCUGUCAUCAUGCCCUCCCCAAAUCCACAUGGGGAGUCGAAGGGCAUGCUGCUCGUGCCUGUGCUCAUGGCCCUGCUGGUGCUCAUAGCCUUCAUAGCUCUGCUCUUGCUGUGGCGCCACCGGCAAAAGCGGCGCACAGGGGCCCUGAAGCUAAGCAGAGGCGGAAAGCGCAAUGGGGUGGCAGAUGCCUGGGCCGGGCCAGCCCAGGUCCCUGAGGAGGGAGCCGUGACUGUGACAGUGGGAGGGCCCGGGGAGGACAAGGGCUCCGGGGUCCCCAAUGGGGAGGAGUCCGGCCCGCGGCCCACGCUCACCACUUUCUUCGGCAGACGGAAGUCUCGCCAGGGCUCCUUGGCACUGGAGGAGCUGAAGUCUGAAUCAGGCCCCCGCCUAAGAGGGGAGGAAGAGCCGCUGGUGGGCAGUGAGGACGGGGCCAGGGAGGACCCCACUGCUGAUGGGCCGGAAGCAGGAGACGGGGCUGCGCCGCAGUGCUCGUGAGCAGCAGGAGCGGAGGGCCGAGUCCCUGUCCGCGUCCCUGCCGGCGCCCAGCGCUUCGCCGCAGCCGCCCGGCGGCUCCUUGGCCUCUGCGCUCUGCAUGUUCCUCGCAUCUGCCUCGCCCUGCAUCGCACCUGGCCCGGGCUACGCCCGCACCGCUGGCCAUCUGCGGACUGAAUGCAAGAACCUUCCCCAGCAACCGCUACUUCUCCCCAUCACCUUCUCUCCAUCUUUCUAAUCCUUGGAACCAGCUGCCGAGACUCCAUAAUGCCAAACUUACUGGAUCUAUGAUUUCUCGGAGGAUCCCCGGGGGUAUCAGAGUCUGGAAAGAAGGAGGAAAUGACAACCCAGCAAACUCCCACCUACGAUUAACUUUCUGAAGCGUUAGAAGGGCUGUCCCCGGGGGCAGCCCAGAACCUCCUUUAGCUCUGGGCUGGGGGGCCAGCCUGGAGUACCAGCUGGGCGUGGCCCUACCUGUGCUCUCAGGUGCGCCUGUGGCCUUUCCCAGAGCACCUGGACUCUAGGCUGGCCCAUGGCUCAAGCCUCCACACUCUCCCCAACCUGUGGCCUGAGGCAGCCAGAGACUUUGCUAUUUCUCCUCCCAAGGGUGGAGGUGAGAAGAGUUUCUGGCCACCUGUAGUUCUCAGAGUCCCUCCACAGGUGCAGUUUGUGGGUAAGAAGUGAGGAUUUGGCAAUAUUUGUGAAGGGCAGUAGUGAGAACAGACGGUGUGAGGGAGGGCAGGAAGGGGUGCAGGGACUGUGGAGAUGCCAGCCUAAGGGUGGGGGACACAGGACUCCUGAGAACAUAUGUGUCCUCAUCUUUGCUCAGAUGGGGUAGACACAGCAGAAAAUUUACCUCUGUCUGUAGCCCAGUAAAGAGUGCCUGUCCUGAUAGAAAGACGCGUGUGACCCAAGUGCUGGGUCUUCAGCUCAGCCACUGUAUCCCUUCCUCAGUCUCCCUCCCUCCAGUACAUGCUGUGUACACAUCACACACAUACACACACAUGCACACACACAUGUGCAUGGGGAGAGGAGUCUGCCCAGUAGCGGGAACUGGGUGCUGCAAAACCAUAGGUCUCACUGUUGCUUUCCCCCUGUUGUGUGUUUAGUCUUCGUGUCUGUCUUCUCUUCAUUCGGGGGCUGAGCACCUUCCCUUCUCCAGGGGAAUCAGUGACAGUGAGUUAAAUAAGAGGAGGCAGCCGGGAGCAGGGACUUCCCCUGUGGGUCUGGGGUAGAGAGGAGGGGGCCAGACCCAGCUGUGCUCCCCUGAGAGCAGCCCAGGCUGCUGCCUAAGGAAGUACAGGGUUGAUGUGUCCCCAGGGCAAAGAGGAAAUUUGCAAAGAGGAAGUUGUUGAGUCAGAGGGUGCAGUGGCUGAGAGCAGACAGACUGACCUACAAAAAGAGACAUGGGACCCACGUGUGUGUGACUGCCUUGUGGCCUGGGUGGGAGAUGGGCAAGAGCCAGGUGGGUUGGUUUGUGAAGUAGGGAGAGGGGGAGAAUGGCAGAAAGUGGCCUGCUCUGGGGGAAAGGGCUGAGCCAGAUGGAACCCAGCCUUCCCCCUGCCAGGCUGAGCACCCAUGGGGCUGUGUCUAGGUACCUUUUGCUACUUCUCACAAGGCACUGUUUGGACUAACUGUUGCCCCGGAACGACAGAAGUGAGUUGCAAAAGUCCGUUAAGAUUCUGCAACUGUUGUCUUGGAUUUGUCAAACCAAGUGCCCCAAUUUCAAGUUUAGAAAACACUGCCACUGAACUCCAAGGUCAUCAGCUCCACCCCUUGAUGGACAGAUGCAGCCAUUUCUGAGCCAUGACUGGUUUCCAGGGCAAAUCCUGAAGGCAAUGGGGUAGGAGUGGUAAGGCACCCAACAGAGCUUCCAGAGUCCAGAAAGUAUCAAAAUAUCUUGUAAGUGUUAAAAUAGAGGCACAAACAGAAUUUUAUGAGUGCACCAAAGGAAGAGAGUGAAAUGCUGCCCCUGGGCAAAGGUCAGAGGCUUAACCUGAGUUUGUCAUUUGUCUGGGCCUUUGUCACAUCCACUGCUUCACUCCUGGGGGCUAUCAUGCCUGGCUUGCUGCAGGUCCUCAGUGAAUAUGCAUUUGAAUGAAUGAAUGAAUGAAUGAGAGGACCCUUCAGAGAUCUGAAGGCUCGAGAAGGGGGAGGGCAUUCUUGGCAGUGGGGAGGGCAGG